UAUGAUAGUAUUCGCCUGCUUUCCACACGUACACAUGCGCAUCAAUUCCUGUACUGUUUGGCGCUUUUGUACACGUUUUGAACGCAGCCUCCGGCCAUCCUGCCCCUGCCAACCGGGCCAGCCGCUCGAUUUUGCCUAUUGUAUGGUGGCUGGGACUGCAAUAUCAUAAAUUCAUGCCACCGCCGUGAGGACUGCGUUCUGGGCGAUUGGGAAGGCCGCAAGCGGGGCAUCGCGAGACCAAAACCCCAGUACGCAUGCGAGGACCACGCUACACCUCGACGUGAACCCGCCAGCCUCCAUAAUUUCUAAUGUGAUAUGUCAACGUUGUGCGCCUGGCCCCGAGGGCUCUAGAUCUGGCUUCGGCCCCAACCGACGCGCAUGCCUUUCCUGGGUCACUUUCCUCUCUCCACGCACUUUCAAGCGAGCGUGCAGGAAUGUAAUGCCAGAGCAAGUGCAAACGCAUUUGCAGUUGGGUCAGGGGCUGGCGACGCGCUGCUGACGCGCAAGUGAAUGGCCCAACAAGUCGCCUCGCGGUCGCUGUCGGCGCCAAACCCGCAGCUGCAUCCACCAGAUUCACUUGUUAGAUCGACCUAGGUUGCGGGACCGGAGGCGGCUCGCUGUGCAAGCGCGGUGACCUCGUACGGCGGCAUGGAUCGCCAUCUCGAUUCGCGCGGCAGAAUCGGGCCCCGCGCACAUUUAAGCCGCGGGCGAGACUCAUUUCGUUAACUUGCUCAGUCAGGUUCACUCAGUUACUCUCACCAGCAAAGAUGGCCUUCGCUCUGGCGUCCCGCAAGGCUCUGCAGGUCACCUGCAAGGCGACCGGCAAGAAGACCGCUGCCAAGGCUGCCGCCCCCAAGAGCUCUGGCGUUGAGUUCUAUGGCCCCAACCGCGCCAAGUGGCUGGGCCCCUACUCUGAGAACGCGACCCCCGCGUACCUGACUGGCGAGUUCCCCGGCGACUACGGCUGGGACACCGCCGGCCUGUCCGCUGACCCGGAGACCUUCAAGCGCUACCGCGAGCUGGAGCUGAUCCACGCCCGCUGGGCUAUGCUGGGCGCCCUGGGCUGCCUGACCCCCGAGCUGCUGGCCAAGAGCGGCACCAAGUUCGGCGAGGCUGUCUGGUUCAAGGCCGGCGCCCAGAUCUUCUCUGAGGGCGGCCUGGACUACCUGGGCAACCCCUCUCUGGUGCACGCCCAGAACAUCGUCGCCACCCUGGCCGUGCAGGUCAUCCUGAUGGGCCUGAUCGAGGGCUACCGCGUCAACGGCGGCCCCGCUGGCGAGGGCCUGGACCCCCUGUACCCCGGCGAGUCGUUCGACCCCCUGGGCCUGGCUGACGACCCCGACACCUUCGCUGAGCUGAAGGUGAAGGAGAUCAAGAACGGCCGCCUGGCCAUGUUCUCCAUGUUCGGCUUCUUCGUCCAGGCCAUCGUGACCGGCAAGGGCCCCGUCCAGAACCUGGACGACCACCUGGCCAACCCCACCGUCAACAACGCCUUCGCCUUCGCCACCAAGUUCACCCCCUCGGCCUAAUUUGUAUGAGCGUAUAAGCUCUGCAGCAGCGGCGUAUAUUGGCACUUUGAUGUGCACGCGUAGAUCCGUGCAAAGGAUGCCCUUGUAGUCACAUCACACUCGCAUACGCAGUGGCCAUGGCUGGUUUUUGGUUGAUAGAUAUGGUGCUGGUAAUGCGCAGGGGCCAUCCGAUGUCUGUCUGGUUUAGUGGUGAUGACGUGGUUCGCGCGUGAGCAUUCUUUAUGUUAGGCAUUGUGCGCUACGGUUAGCUGGCGGCAAUAAGCUCUCGACACUCCAGACUUAGGCGGGCGGCACCCACUAGGGAAGAGCCCAUUCCAAAGUCUUCGCUGGGGUGGAAGAUGGCACGUGCAGCCACACGAGACGUUUUGAGCCCACCUCCGGGCUGCGACUCCACCUGUAAACACACUGGAUU